AGCAUCCAUCUUUCAAUGCGUUUUUUCAGUUUUACGAUCAGAUUUUGGUAUUUAUGUCCGGAAUUCUAUAAAUAAAAGUAAACAUAUUAGUAAGAGCACGCCUAAGUGCUAAAAUAACUACUAACUUAAUACAAUAUCAGUAUAAAAAGAUGUCGUCAGGAAGACCUAUUAAAUGUGUAGUUGUGGGUGACGGAACUGUCGGAAAAACUUGUAUGCUAAUAUCAUAUACAACAGACAGUUUUCCCGGAGAAUAUGUUCCAACAGUAUUUGAUAAUUACUCUGCGCCAAUGGUGGUGGAUGGAGUGGCAGUGUCGUUAGGACUUUGGGAUACAGCUGGACAAGAAGAUUACGAUAGACUGCGACCUUUAAGUUACCCACAAACAGAUGUCUUCCUGAUAUGCUUUAGUGUGACAAGUCCCUCUUCAUAUGAGAAUGUUACUUCAAAGUGGUAUCCUGAAAUAAAACAUCAUUGUCCUGAUGCUCCUAUUAUAUUAGUUGGCACAAAAAUUGAUUUAAGGGAUGACCGUGAGACAUUAAGCCUCCUCUCAGAACAAGGCAUGUCUCCUUUAAAGCGAGAACAGGGUCAAAAGCUCGCUAAUAAAAUACGAGCUGUCAAAUAUAUGGAAUGUUCUGCCUUGACACAGCGUGGUCUUAAGCAGGUAUUUGACGAAGCUGUCCGCGCAGUAUUAAGACCAGAACCACAGAAGAGACACCAGAGGAAGUGUUUAAUCAUGUAAAUAUGGCACACACUAUGACAAAAGUAUGAUAAUGUCACAUAAUGCAGGAAUCUCAAGGCAACAGUAAUAAUAUGUUUCUACACCAAUGACAGGAUGUUAAUUUGUUCCUGAAGUACCUAAAUCACAAAGUUUUUUUUAUUCAUUGCAAUGUGCCAUAACACAAUUUCGAAAUAUAUGAUGUUGUCUUAAUUUACUUUAAACUAUCAACAUCACGGAACAUGUGAAUACUUCUAUGUUUACUGCUUUUUAAGCAAAUGGAAACAAAUGCCAAAGAUUUAUGAAUAGAUGUAAGUUUCAAUAUUUUUUAGUUUUCGAUAUGGUUGGAAACAAAUUGUUACUGUUAAUGAUACUGAGAAAUGAUAAUAUUAUUUUUAUAAUAUUAUGCAAAUGACCUCAAUAAUUUUGAAGUUUUGAACUAUAUUCUUAUGCAAGAUGUGAGUAAGGACUGAAAUUAGUUACGAAGCUAGUUAUGUGUACAACAUACUCAAGUAAAUGUAAUUUCUUAGUUGCGAGAGUAAAUAUUUUGUAUUGACAGGCAUUUAUAUAACAAUCAGCAUUUUGAAAUAGUUUUCAUUUAUACAUAAAGUACGAUUUAGGAAAUAAUAUUUUAGGCACAUGUUUAGUAGACCUAAGCUAGAUACAUACUACUGACGUUAUACCGCUAUGAUGUUUUUGCCUUAAGAAUUGAUGUUUAUUCUCAGGGUAGGCUUACACUACAAAAUGAAAAAUGACAAAGAUUUUAAAGUAAUAGUUUUUAGUACUAAUAAAACUCGAAUAAGAAUUUAAAGAUUGAAUGAAACAUGGUUUGUUUAUAAUAAUUAUUAAACCUUUUCUGAUAUUUUCUUAUACUCGUAUGUGUUUAUAAUAAUUCUAGUAACGAUUUUUGAAGUAGUAAUCUAUAGUUUCAUUGUCGUUUAAACACAUGACAAAAUCGAAAGUGUUUUAUAGUCGUUUUUAGGUCAAAUAUUUUUGUAUGUGAAAAACAUAGCUUAAGAAAAAAGGCAUUUAGUGUGAUUAUACCGCAUCGAUAUUACUCAAAUAUUUUAUAGACUGCUUUGAGUUACAGGUGACGCUUUGAAAUUAUUGUGUAUAUAAACUUUAAUUAUUUAUAUUGUAAGAACAAAUGCGCAAUUUACAAAUAAAAUCUUAUUGUAAUAUGUACUGCACUUUAUAAAUUAUUG